AUGGCAGCGGCACCGACGUCUUCCGCCGCGGCGAGGCGGCCUCACGCGCUGCUCGUCCCGUUCCCGUGCUCCGGCCACAUAAACCCCACGCUCCACCUCGCGCGGCUGCUGCACUCGGCCGGCUUCGUCGUCACCUUCGUGAGCACCGAGCACAACCACGCGCUCAUGCGGGCGCGCGCGCGCGGCGGCGGCGACGGCUUCCGGUACGAGGCGAUCCCCGACGGCCUCUCGCCGUCGGAGCGCCGCGCCCACGACUACGGCUUCGGCGUCCUGCGCGCCGUGCGCGCCCACUGGCCAGGGCACCUCAGGGAGCUCAUCGCGCGACUCAACAGCGUCGCCGAUGACUCCUCAUCCUCGUCGUCGUCGCCGCCGCCGCCGGUGACGUGCGUGGUGGCGUCCGAGCUGAUGAGCUUCGCGCUCGACGUGGCCGCCUCGCUAGGCGUCGCCGCCUACGUGCUGUGGGGCACCAGCGCGUGCGGCCUCUCCUGCGGCCUCGCCGUACGGGAGCUCAGGCGCAGAGCCUACGUACCACUCAAAGUGCUGGCCAAUAGAUAG